AUAACUGAAAAUCCUAUAACAUCCCAACUCACUGUAUUUACUUUCAUAGCUAACACUUCCACUCAAAACUUUCCUGCAAUGGCUUUGGCAAACUUAAAUGGUAUCACUGAGACUUUGCCUACCAUAACAAAGCUUAUCAGCAAGCAGAAAACUCCGGAAAGAACAGAGGUAAUUGGAUUGCUAGGCAAGAAGCAAGUUAACUUUGAACAAGGACAUCCACUGCAGACCACAAGAAGACUAGCAUUAGGCCUUGCCUCUAUAGCACUCGUAGGAAACACUGGCAAUGGAGUCUCUCUUGCUGAGGAUAACGGCUUCUGGCAGCUCGAUUUCCCUUUGAUUGUUUCGCCUCCUGUCAACAAUAAAAUUGCAAAUGAGAAGACAGGCACCCGUUCUUUUCUUAAGAAAGGAGUCUACAUGGCAAAUAUUGGGGUUGAAGGCAGCAUGUAUAGGCUAAGGAAGUAUGCUUUUGAUCUUUUGGCAAUGGAGGAUUUGAUAGGGCCAGACACAUUGAAUUAUGUUAGGAAGUACUUGAGACUCAAGUCCACUUUCAUUUACUAUGAUUUCGACAAAGUUAUAUCUGCAGCUCCGGCGAAUGAUAAGCAAUCUCUUACUGAUUUAGCCAACAGAUUGUUUGACAAUUUUGAGGAGCUUGAAGAUGCUUCAAGAAGGAAAAACCUGCCUCAGACAGAAUCAUCUUAUCGAGGGACAAAGGUAAUUCUUCAAGAGGUCAUGGACAAAAUUCCAGAUAUCUGACAGAUUUAUCUCUUAUAAACAUUAUUGAUACAGUCAUUUCAGUGUAUUCUCAUUUGCUCUUAAACUGUCUUUUAGCCUUACGCUGGAUUUUGUUUUCAAUUUCAAGUAAAUGCAUAAAUUGAUACAUUCUAAUGUGAAAA